UUUGUUUCGGCUGCGGUAGUGGUUCCAUCGUUCAGUUUUUUCGCGCAAACCGUUUCUGUAAAAUUUCGCGUAAACAUGUUAAAAAUUAAGACAAAUGUAAUAUUGGAUAAUUUAAAAUGCGUUCGCUUGCAACGUUAAAUGUUUUAAUUAUAUGCAAAAAGUGAAAAUCACGUGACAAAAUUCAUUACAAGGCCGCUUUGGUAAAGGGGCGAGAAAAUUUUUUCUAAUUGGAAGUUGCAGUAAGCAGGCAAAUCGGUGCCGUGAAUGUGAAAAGUGUAAAGAAAGUGAUAAAGGAAUGGAGAAUCUGAGAUUAUUGCAAUAAUAAUAAUCGGUCAAAGUGUAAGAAAUCGGGUAGCGCGAGUAUUUUACUCCAUCAAAUUCAAAAGAAAUGUAGUAUGUGAAUUGUUUAUUUAAUAAAAUGUCUUAUGGGAAAGGCGAAAUUUGUGAACUAAUUGGAAAAUACUAAAUGCACAUAACCUGCUCGUUGCUUGAGCCGCCUCCCUUUUUGGUGGAGCGCCACCGACUCCAUCUGCUCAUUGUCAACUCAUGCCACCAGCAGUGCGAUAUAAGCAGUAGAAGUAUCAGCAAAAAAAUUAGUAAUACCAGCAGCAGUUGUAAGCUGCAUACGUAUCAACGGCGGUCAAUUAAAAAUUAAGGGACUACAACUCCUUAAAUGUGAAGUCCUUGUCCCACGCACUGCAAAAGGAUACACACGAAGGGAGGAGAUAUAUAAUCUUCAGUAAAAAACAUCUAAAUCACAAAAACAAAAAAAUGUCAGAACUGCAUCGACAACAAAACAAUUUACCCCUCAUGGUAGCCCAAUUGGGUAAACAAUGGACGCCCUCAGCCCUGCAAUAUAAAAAGAAAAAAAAUUGGAAAACGCUAUCUCGGAUAACGGUUUCAGUAACUUUGCUGUUAUUACUGGACAUCCAACUGACGCCAAUUUCUGCCACACCCAUCGAAUAUGUGCUAAAUACUACGAGCAACUCGCAAUAUGUGGACGCCGCAGGAAAUAAGUGGAUGUCACCAGUUCUAUCGCAUAAUAAUAAUAGUAAUAGCCUCUCUCGUGGUAGUGCUCGAAAAGGAUAUGAUCGCCAUCAGGACAAUGCAAUAGAAGCAUCUGUGCCAUCAUCCCUAGCGGCAUCUGUGUCAUCAGGUAGUUUGAGUACCACAAACAACUUUUCAAGUCACGAGAAUACGCUGGUGGUAGUGCCACAUCCGACAACUGCACCAACGCCACCUAUACACAUGCUCAGUGGACACAACAGUAACAAUAACAAGCGAGAGAGGCAGCUGAAAUGCCACUGCGAUAUUUGCAAGGACAACAAUUAUAUAUGCGAAACGGAUGGGUAUUGCUUUACAUCGGUAGUGAAGGAUGACGACAAAAUCAUAUUCAGUUACAGGUGCCUAGAAAAGAGGUAUGACCUGCAGCGUGAACCACUCGAAUGCCUGACUAGCCGUGAAAAACAGAAUAUCUAUAGAGUUAAAUGUUGUAGUGAAGACUUCUGCAAUAAAGACGAACUAUUGAAAUUGAGUUUCGGGACAGAUUUCCUGCCUGAUGAGCCCCUAAAUACGUGGGUAUUGGUCGCCAUUAUUUUUGGCGCUACGCUCUUCAUUUGCUUGUCGGUUCUAUUGUCGCUAUGCUUUUGGCAGCGUCGCAAACGCAAUAGCAAUGGACGUACCUUCCCGCCGGAUGAUUCUGUUUGCGAUCCUAUUUUAAAUGGCAACACUAUACAGGAUAUUAUUGAAAUGACCACUUCGGGCUCCGGAUCUGCUGGUUUGCCAUUACUAGUACAGCGUUCCAUCGCGCGCCAAAUACAACUCUGUCACGUAAUUGGCAAGGGUCGAUUUGGAGAAGUUUGGCGUGGUCGUUGGCGUGGCGAAAACGUGGCUGUUAAAAUUUUCUCUAGCCGUGAGGAGUGUUCCUGGUUCAGGGAAGCUGAAAUAUAUCAAACUGUGAUGUUGCGUCAUGAGAAUAUUUUGGGUUUCAUUGCUGCCGACAAUAAAGAUAAUGGCACUUGGACGCAGCUUUGGCUAGUCACUGACUACCACGAAAAUGGUUCAUUAUUCGAUUACCUCACCACACAUACCGUGGAUACAAAAACUAUGCUCAAUAUGGCGCUCUCAAUCGCCACCGGUUUAGCUCACCUACACAUGGAUAUUGUGGGUACACGUGGUAAACCGGCGAUUGCUCAUCGUGACCUCAAAUCAAAGAAUAUUCUCGUCAAAUCCAAUCUCAGCUGUGCGAUAGGUGAUCUGGGCUUGGCUGUACGUCAUGUGGAAAAGAAUGAUUCCGUUGACAUACCUUCAACACAUCGCGUCGGCACUAAGCGUUAUAUGGCACCUGAGGUGCUGGACGAGAGUAUGAAUGCGCAGCAUUUCGAUUCAUAUAAGCGUGCCGAUGUAUACGCAUUCGGCCUGAUAUUGUGGGAAAUUGCUCGUCGUUGCAACAUUGGCAUGAUUUAUGAUGAAUAUCAGUUGCCCUACUAUGAUGUUGUGCAACCCGAUCCGAGUAUUGAGGAGAUGAAGAAGGUGGUUUGCAUCGAUAAAAUGCGUCCAAAUAUACCAAAUCGCUGGCAUGCUUCCGAGGUAUUGCACGGCAUGGCGAAAGUGAUGAAGGAGUGCUGGUAUCCUAAUCCUGUGGCCCGUCUUACGGCGCUACGCAUAAAGAAGACUCUGGCCAAUAUUACGGUCGAGGAUAAAGUGAAGAACUGAUUGUAGUUGUAGUACGCAGCCAUUUUGGCUUGAACAAACGGGUGUAAAGUGAACUAUUAAGUAAGGAGAAGGCUGUGGCAUAGCGUCUUGCGUUCGUUGCAUUUUAAGUGCUGAACAAUGUGCAAUGAGAGCCUUCUUUACACACCCCUUCCUUUUAAUUUUCUGCUGAAUUUGUAUGUAGAUUUACUAAGAACAAAAAAAAAAGAAGAAAAUUAAGUGGAAACGGGCGGAAAAAUUACCUAAAGAGAAGAACAUACCUUAAAAUACCUAAUUAAAAAUUAACAUAAAGAACCGAAAAAAUAUGGAAAACAGAGAAAUUUAUAAAGCUGUUAUAUUGAUGCAGAGCAUUCUAUUAACGCACUAAAAGUUGUAUUUGUAAUUUUAAACUAUAAUUUAUAAAAUUUGUGUAAGUAAGAACGUAAAGUAAAAUGUGUAUUAGGCUUAAGAGGAGAAGUGAACAACACAAACCGAUUUAAACUAACUAAAAGCAGCAGCUUUAAUGGCCGAAAUUAAGCGGACGAAAAGUAAAUAUUCAAAAGUAACUUUAAGCUAUGUUGCAUGUGUGCAAACACAGAAAAAGGAGAAGAGUAAGAAAAUGUAAUGUGAAAUGUGAGGAUUAGUUGUGACAUGUGUGAUGUGGGAAGUAACUAAUGUAAAUAUUUUGAGAAUGUACACAAUCUUGAGAUUUUCCUAUAGCAUUCGCUAUUGUAGAUUUUAAGUUUGCGCGUAAUUAGAUAAUUUUACUUUCUUACUUUCUUAGACUAAAUUGUUUGAUUUGUGAAAAUGUUUAGCUUUACCUUUGUUUAUGCUUUAUUUCUUAUUUCUUAUUGCCCACCAUGGCUUUUAUCCAAGAUUCAAGUAAAAAAAUAAGUAAACGUAAGGAGAAAGUAAAUAUGUUCACAUUUACGAUUUUUUUUUCGACAUUUGUAUGAAUAUUGCGUAGCGUUGCAAGUUACUAACGCGAAUUUUUCAUUCAAUGAAAACCUAUAUUAAAACAAAAAAAAAAACCGAUCGUAGCCGAAAUUUUCAAUUUUUUAAUUUUAAAUAUUCUGCUGAAUUUACAUUUUUGUUUGCUUAUAGAUAUUGCGAAACAAAUGAACAUUAAGGGCCGUGGUACUGAAGAUCUAAGUACAGUUAUCUUCCGAAUAUGAAGUAACUCUACAUUGUGAAAACGGCAUUAGAUUUUUUAAAUAACAAUUGUCAAAUAUAAAGUGUUAAAUCAAUUAAAAAACUGUUUAUUAUUUGUUUAAUUUGAAUAAAUGAACAACUGCAAAAACUUUCCAAGAAACCUCAUAACUCUUUCGAUCUUUUAUCCUAAAUAUCAUUCGAAACUGCCAUCGAAUAAGCAAUUUAACUAAGCUCAUUUGCAUCUCUGGUAAUAUCUAUCUAUAUCUGAUAUGCAUAUACACACAUGCAUAUUUAAAUGUUCAAUGCGGCAGCGGAACAAAAAGUUGGAAAUUUUCUGCAUUUAGUAAAUUACAACGAACACGUCUAGCAGCAACUACAAAAAAGACUCUGACGAAAGACUGAUACAUACUUAGAAACAGUUUCAGUGAAUAUCGCCAUAAUAAAUACAUAUGUACAUUUUUAGAACAAUAUUUUGGUUAAAACAGUAGGCACGAUAUUCGUUAAGUUUUUUAAACGCUUGUCUUCUCUUUCUUUUACCAAAAUUUCUUACUCGCGUUAAAGCUUUGCCAUUUUUAGAAAAUAAUCUUAAGAGAAAAGAAAAGAACAAAAUUACCUAAGUAGUAAUAUCUAUAAAAAGACACCUUAUACAUACUUACAUAAUAAUGAAAACUAAAACAAACACUCAGGAAUUGCCAGUCUAAAUGUAUGUAAAUAAAUAAAAUAUCUCUUGUUGACAAAACUGCCGUGUUGAUGUGUGCAAAAAAGCAAUUAAUAUACCAUCCUCCCUUUGGUUAAUCACAUAUGUAUAUGCUGCCGAAAUUAGCAGUUCUUGCUUUCUCCUUACGGUUGCACAAUAAAUGUAAAUGCAGUGUUUUUGUUUGUUAUAAUUUCAAGAGAAAGGUACAUAACUUUGUAUGUUCUUUAAAUGCAAAUACCAAUUUUUUAAUUUGUUUAAAAUAUACGUAGCUCAUAAAAGUGCGGAAAAAGUAUGCAUUUCGAAGAGGACGAAUAACAAAAAACCGGAUCCAUCUAAAAGAAAUUGGUUCCUAAUACGGUUGUUGGCCGAAUGAAACUGAAAUUCGCUAUGUUGGAGCUAUUGUAACGACAUAGGCAUUACCUACAAUUUUGUAGAAGCUGCUUCUGAAGUGGUACACCUUGGUUGGAAAUAAAGCUUUAAAAUUUUAGCAGCAGACACAUUUCCGGACGAAUUUUGGUGAAUACUGGGAUCGAAUCGUAACAUCCGUUCACGGAUCGAAAACCAUACAAAAGAAAAUUACGUCAUAUGUCAAUCGUAUAAGCUCAAUGGGAUAAAGAGUACGUUCACGUAUGUCAUAAUCCGAAAAAAUGUGUUUUAACGUGACGAGUAAUAUGAUGUCGUAUGCGACGAUUCGAGUCCUACUCGAGUGACAGUACUUGACAAGAUUUUAAUCUGCGACGGUCGGUGGCUAUUUUUUGCCCCACUAAUAUAUAAUUAAAAUAGGAUGCACAAAUUUCGAAAUGAACUGAAUCAUAAAAGUUAAAAAAUGUUUAGUGAUUAAGCAUCCGGCGCCAUCAAAAGGGAAUAAUCCAGGAAUUAUUGCUGCCCAAUUUAUAUUUCUUUAAAAAGUCUGUGUUACUCCAAUCAGGAUGUGCAAAACAAUACUUGUAGUGAGAUAUCUUAAUCUUAACAUAAUAUUGUGCGUGCUCCUCUAGUUUCGUUUGCUUUAUCGACCAACGUCCGUUCUACAUUUUUAAAUUUCAUAUAACGGAUUUCUAAGCUCAUCCUUUAUCCUUUGAUAAGCAGCUUAUUCUGCACUUGCUAUCAGCUUCACUUAAAAAAAAAAAUAUAAAAAAACAACAACAAUAGCGAUCUAUACGCAACAUGACCGACAUAUCCGUGUGUAAACAAAAAUUCAAUAGUAAUAGUAACUGAAAAGAAGUUAUUUCAAAGUAAAAGCAAUAUAUUCACAUAAAAUAACCAAUCCUAUUUAAAACCAUUUAGUUAUUUCUUCUCAUAUAUGUAUUGUACCUAUUAUUUUUGCAAAACUAAAAAAAUUUUGUUAACUACUAUUUGAAUUUUGUGCACAAAUUUUAACUACAUAGACUCUUUGGGUAACGAAAUUCCUGAUAUGUAUGUAUGUACUUUUCGGUAAAUAAAAUAUGGAAUUUGUGGUAGCAUAAUUUUUGAAACGCUUAUUAAUCUACAUACAUACGUUUUCGGCUGCAAAAAGAGUAAACAUAAAGCUAACUAUAUUGUACUAAGAUGAUAAAAUCCUAUUAUAUUUAGGCAUGCGCUAAUAAUUAUAAAUUUAAAUCCUAUGCAAAAACGAACUUGUCACCUCUUUUGGAAUACAAAAUAUGCGAAAAAAAAAA